UGGGAGCCGGGCCAGGGCCCGAGCCGAACCCGCAAGACCCUCUCGCCGGCGCCCCAAGGUGAAAAGGACAAAUACACUUGACAGGUAAGGCCUCUCGCAGGAUGAGCUAAGGCAAGAGGCACCUUCCUCGAAUCCAUGGAUGUCCCAGAGCCAGUUUCCAGCAUGCAGGACCCCAGAGCAGACCCCACAGAGACCAGCAGCCCAGCUAAUGGCCUUGGAGAGCUGGAUUCAGAGGAAGGCUCAAGCAUGGAGGAAGCUGGCUUCAACUGGGGGGAGUAUUUGGAAGAAACAGGAGCCUGCGCAGCGCCUCCCACUUCCUUCCGACACGUGGAAAUCAGCAUCCAGAGUAACUUCCAGCCAGGAAUGAAGCUGGAGGUGGCUACCAAGGGCAGCCCUGACACUUACUGGGUGGCCACGGUCAUCACCACUUGUGGGCAGCUGCUGCUCCUUCGCUACUGUGGCUACGGUGACGACCGCCGUGCUGACUUCUGGUGCGACGUGCUCAUGGCUGACCUGCACCCUGUGGGCUGGUGCACACAGAACAGCAGGACCCUCAGGCCUCCAGAUGCAAUCAAAGAGAAGUACACAGACUGGACAGAGUUCCUCAUCCAGGACUUGACUGGCUCUCGGACAGCACCUGCCAGCCUCCUAGAAGGCCCUCUACGAGGGAAAGCCUCGAUAGACCUCAUUACAGUUGGUUCCUUAAUAGAACUCCAGGAUACUCAGAGCCCCUUUCAGUACUGGAUAGUUAGUGUCAUUGAAAAUGUUGGAGGAAGAUUACGCCUUCGCUUUGUGGGAUUGGAGGAGACUGAAUCCUAUGACCAGUGGUUGUUUUACUUGGAUUACAGACUUCGACCAGUUGGUUGGUGUCAAGAGAAUAAAUACAGAAUGGACCCACCUUCAGAGAUCUAUCCUUUGAAGAUGGCCUCUGAGUGGAAAUGUGCUCUGGAAAAAGCCCUUGUUGACGCUGCCAACUUUCCUCUUCCCAUGGAAGUUUUCAAGGACCAUGCUGACCUGCGGAGCCAUUUCUUCACAGUUGGGAUGAAGCUCGAGGCAGUGAACUGGAGGGAGCCCUCUCAGAUCUGCCCUGCGUCCGUGACCAAGGUCUUUAACAAUCACUUCUUCCAAGUGACCAUAGAUGACCUGCGGCCCCAGCCUAGUGCCCUCUCUACGCUGUGCCAUGCAGACUCCGUGGGUGUCCUGCCUGCCCAGUGGUGCCUUAAAAACGGUGUUGCCCUCACACCCCCCAAAGGCUAUCCUGGCCCAGACUUUGACUGGGCGCACUACCACAAGCUCAGUGGCACAGAAGAAGCACCCGCCUUCUGCUUCAGAAAUGCCUCCUUCAGUCAGGGCUUCACAAAAAACAUGAAGCUGGAAGCCGUGAACCCCAGGAACCCUCGAGAGUUGUGUGUGGCGUCCGUGGUGGGCGUAAGGGGCAGACUAUUGUGGCUUCACCUGGAAGGCCUGCCGACACCAGCACCUGAGUUCAUUGUGGAUGUGGAAUCCAUGGACAUCUUCCCGGUGGGCUGGUGUGAGGCCAAUGCUUACCCGCUGACAGCACCACUCAGGACAUCGACUCAAAAGCAGAGGAAGAUCGCUGUCGUGCAGCCGGAAAAACAACCCCUGUCCCCAGUGCCUGUGGAAAAAAGGCCUCCUAGCCACCUGAAGUCACCGCCACAGCUGGACAGCACAGGCCUUGCUAACGGCAAGUACAGCUGCCCAAAACUCUUCAUCAACCACCGCUGCUUCUCAGGACCCUUCCUCAACAAGGGCCGCCUGGCGGAGCUGCCGCGGUCUGUUGGGCCGGGGAAGUGUGUGCUGGUCCUCAAAGAGGUCCUCAGCAUGAUCAUCAACGCAGCCUACAAGCCAGGUCGGGUGCUGCGGGAGCUACAGCUGGUAGAGGAGCCACACGGGGACUUUCAGGAAGAGACGCUGAAGGCCAAGUAUCGAGGCAGAACCUACCGGGCCGUGGCCAGGAUCGUCCGCACAGCCGAGCAGGUGGCCGGCUUCUGCCGUCGUGUGUGUGCCCAGCUCGAGUGCUGUCCCAACCUCCUCAGCCCUGUGCUGGUGGCUGACCACUGCCCUGAGAACUGCUCUAUCCACACCAAGACCAGAUACACUUAUUACUACGGGAAGAGGAAAAGGGUGGUCCGGCCCUCCGUGGGUGAGUGCAAAGCCCAGAGGACACCCCUCAAGCCGGCUCGUCGGCGCAAGCGGCGUAGAUCUGUCUUCAUGCAGAAGAAGCGGCGAGUGGGCACUGUGGAGGCAGAGGCUGGCUCUGGGGAGGAGAGUGAGGACGAGGAGGCGGAGGCACUGGGCAUGGACAGCAGGAGCGAGGGCAGCGACUUGGAGCCUCCUGAAAGUCAGGUGGACGAGGCCUGGGAGCUGCCAUCUGUCCGGUCCCACAAUGGCACUGCCCCCAGGAGCAGCUCUGAGCCUGUGUGCCAACUGCCUUCUGAGACAACACCCCAGGGCCUCAGAGCACCACCCCCUGCCAGUGUCCUGGGGGACAGCCAGGGAGGCCAGAGCCCCGCAUCAGGCCAGGACAUGGCCAAGGAGGCCCCAUCUGAGGAGGAGGAGAAGCUGAUCCUGGACAGCAACCCGCUUGAGUGGACAGUCACCGAUGUGGUGCGUUUCAUCAAGCUCACGGACUGCGCCCCACUAGCCAAGAUCUUCCAGGAGCAGGACAUUGAUGGGCAGGCGCUCCUGUUGCUGACGCUACCAACGGUGCAGGAGUGCCUGGAGCUGAAGCUGGGCCCCGCCAUCAAGCUAUGCCACCAGAUCGAGCGGGUCAAGGGAGCCUUCUAUGCCCAGUUUGCCGGCUGAGCCUUUGCAGGCCUGAGCAAGGGUCUGGAAACCUGACGGCAGUGUGAUGCCCAGAGCACCCCAGGAAUACCCUCCUUGCCUCCCUCUGGAACCCCAAGGUGGCUCCUCAGAGUGUGGGCCAAGGUCUGGCGGUCCUGUGGGUAAAGACGCAUGUGGUUCGCCUCUGUCUCCCUGCUCUGCUCUCAGAGACAGAGCCAAAGACCCCUGUUGGUUGAGCCUGAACUGAACCCUGUCCUGACUUGGCUGGCUCAGCUGCCUGAUGAGUAUCGGGACCCUCCUGGGCUGCUUUGGGAGUUACCCUCAGUGGCUUGGCUGUUGUUGGACAUGGGAGGCAUCGGUGCAGUCAGGCAGAGUUUAUUUGAGGCGCCUGGGGAAAGAGCAUGGCAGUGAGCUCAGGGGUUACUUCUGUUCCCCAAUGAGAGCUGAGCCUGCUCAUCCCAUGAGACCCCAGACCCUCCAGUCUCACUGCUCUCAUCUGAACCCUGUCUUUCUUAUUCUGUCCCAGGCAUGCCCAAGGUUUUUUUUUUGAAAGGCAAAGCCGAAAGUGGGUGGGACUGGAAGGAGGCGUGUUCGGACCCAAAUGGGGGCUGAGUUGACCCCCUCCUUGUCUCCUUCGUGGCUCCUUGGGGACCCUGCCAGGCUCAAAGGAGAGAAUAGAGAUUAUCCAGAAGAAGAGAUGGGACAGGCAGGAAGCCAGAGCUGAGGAG